GCCCGCUCCGCCGCGGCCGCAGAAGAGGCGUCCGGAGACUCGAGGCCCUGCGCUCCAGGGCGGGGGCGGGGCGGGCGGAGCGGGCGCGCGGCGGCUCGGUCCCCGGGCGCUGCGGGGGCGGUUCUCCCCGCGUGGCACUUGGUACGCGCCAGUGGCGAGGCCUGGCCCAGCCCGGGCGGUACAAUAGGGUUGGGCCGCGGCUGGGACUGGGCCGGCGCGGGGCAGGAGAAGGAUCGCGGCCGCAGCCGGGAGACACUGGGCGGCUGGCGACUCCGAGCCUCGCAGGCCACCAGCCGAGCCAGCCUCGACCUUCCCCCCAGCGCCCCCGCCUCUGAGUCGUUGCCCGCCGGGCCGGGCCGGGCGUGAUGCGCCGCGGUACCCCUGUCCUGGCCGCUGGCCGCCGCCGCCGUCGCCGCUGAGACCCCAGGACCCCCCCCGUGACACCGCAGCUAUGGAGAGCGGCCCACAUGCGGAACCGGGUGUCGGCGCACCCCCAGCUGUGGCAGCCAGAACACCCCCAGAGCCAAGACCUUCUCCAGAAGGUGACCCCUCCCCACCGCCACCACCACCACCGAUGUCAGCCCUGGUUCCCGACACUCCCCCGGACACCCCUCCUGCCAUGAAGAAUGCCACUAGCCCUAAGCAGCUCCCAAUGGAACCAGAGAGCCCCCCAGGGCUGAUAGAUCCUAGGCCAGCCCCCCAGCAGGAAGAGUCCCCUUUCUCAGAAGUGAAGAGCAGAGGACCCACCCCUCCAGCCAUAGGCCCACAGGAUGCCAGGCCUCCUCGAAGGAGCAGCCAGCCAUCCCCAACAGCAGUGCCAGCCUCCGACAGCCCUCCUACCAAGCAAGAUGUAAAGAAGGCAGGAGAGAGGCACAAGCUGGCAAAGGAGCGGCGAGAAGAGCGGGCCAAGUACCUGGCGGCCAAGAAGGCGGUGUGGCUGGAGAAGGAGGAGAAGGCCAAGGUGCUGCGGGAGAAGCAGCUCCAGGAGCGCCGGCGGCGGCUGGAGGAGCAGCGGCUCAAAGCCGAGCAGCGCCGAGCGGCCCUGGAGGAGCGGCAGCGGCAGAAGCUGGAGAAAAACAAGGAGCGCUACGAAGCAGCCAUCCAGCGGUCAGUGAAGAAGACGUGGGCCGAAAUCCGGCAGCAGCGCUGGUCCUGGGCAGGGGCCCUGCACCACAGCUCCCCAGGACAUAAGACCAGUGGGAGCAGGUGCUCCGUGUCGGCAGUAAACCUGCCCAAACACGUGGACUCUAUAAUCAACAAGCGGCUCUCAAAGUCCUCUGCCACGCUCUGGAACUCCCCCAGUAGAAAUCGCAGCCUGCAGCUGAGCGCAUGGGAGAGCAGCAUCGUGGACCGUCUGAUGACGCCCACCCUCUCCUUCCUGGCACGGAGUCGCAGUGCGGUUACACUGCCCCGCAACGGCCGGGACCAGGGUAGGGGCCGCGGCCCCGGGAGAGCCCCCGUGAGGGGCGGGACAGGGGCUAGCCUCGCGCGUGGGCCGCGCCCCGACCGCACUCAUCCCUCCGCAGCCGUGCCAGUGUGCCCGCGCUCGGCCUCCGCCAGCCCCCUGACUCCGUGCAGCGCCCCCCGAAGCGCGCACCGUUGCGCCCCCGCCGGGGAGCGCCGCAAGCCCACCGCGGGGGCCAGCCCCGCCUCGGUGCGCCGCCGGCCCGAGGCCUCACCGGUACAGAAAAAGGAGAAGAAGGACAAGGAGCGGGAAAACGAGAAGGAGAAGAGUGCCCUGGCCCGCGAGCGCAGCCUCAAAAAGCGCCAAUCGCUGCCCGCCUCUCCGCGCCCCCGCCUGUCCGCAGCUGCGGCCUCGGAGCUCAGUCCCAAAUCCAAGGCCCGGCCAUCCUCUCCCUCUACAUCCCGGCAAAGGCCUGCCUCUCCCUGCCCCAGCCCAGGACCAGGCCACGCUCUGCCCCCAAAACCACCGUCCCCGCGAGGCACCACUGCAUCACCCAAGGGGCGCGUUCGGAGGAAGGAUGAGGCAAAGGAGAGCCCCUCAGGGCCUGAGGACAAGAAUCAGAGCAAGGGCAAGGCCAGUGAUGAGAAGGAGCCCGCAGCCCCGGCCUCGCCAGCACCCUCACCUGUGCCCUCACCCACCCCAGCCCAGCCCCAGAAGGAGCAGCCGGCAGCGGAGAUCCCUGCAGAUACUGCUGUCCUGGCCACACCCCCAGCCCCUGCUCCCCCGGCGACGCCUAGCAAACCCAUGGCGGGCACCACAGACCGAGAGGAGGCCACUCGGCUCCUGGCUGAGAAGCGGCGCCAGGCCCGGGAGCAGCGGGAGCGCGAGGAACAGGAGCGGAGGCUGCAGGCAGAAAGGGACAAGCGAAUGCGAGAGGAGCAGCUGGCGCGGGAGGCCGAGGCCCGGGCCGAGCGGGAGGCGGAGGCCAGGAGGCGGGAGGAGCAGGAGGCCCGCGAGAAGGCGCAGGCGGAGCAGGAGGAGCAGGAGCGGCUGCAGAAGCAGAAAGAGGAGGCCGAAGCUCGGUCCCGGGAAGAAGCGGAGCGGCAGCGUCUGGAGCGGGAAAAGCACUUCCAGCGGGAGGAGCAGGAGCGGCAAGAGCGCAAAAAGCGUCUGGAAGAGAUAAUGAAGAGGACUCGGAAGUCAGAAGCUGCUGAAACCAAGCAGAAGCAGGACAGAAAGGAGGCAAAAGCUAACAAUUCCAGCCCAGACCCUGUGAAGGCCGGGGAGGCUCGGCCCUUGGGACUGCAGAAGGAAGCUGUACAGAAAGAGGAGCCGGCCCCCCAGGAGCCUCAGUGGAGCCUGCCAAGCAAGGAGUUGCCAGGGUCCCUGGUGAAUGGCCUGCAGCCUCUCCCAGCACACCAGGAGAAUGGCUUCUCCCCUAAGGGACCCUCGGGGGACAAGAGCCUCGGCCGAACACCAGAGACACUCCUGCCCUUCGCAGAGGCAGAAGCCUUCCUCAAGAAAGCUGUGGUGCAGCCCCCGCAGGUCACAGAAGUCCUUUAAGGAGGACUUGGAUCCAGGCACAGCUAUGAGGGCUCCUCUGCGUCAUCCACCAGGAUGUCUGGAAGAAAAAGAGACAGAACAAAGCCGGAAGUGGCCUGGGCCCCCGGGGUGGGUCCUCUCUGUUAUUUUUAAUCUGCACCUUAUAGACUGAUGUCUCUUUGGCCGGAGCCAGACCCUCUCAGUGCAUUCGUGUGCUCACAUGCACAGACCGCCCCCCCCACAUACACACACACACAUACACUCACAGCCUCUCUGGCCUCCUCCCUUGGGGAAGGGCCGCCUGUAGAUUUGCCUUGGUUUGGUGGGGUACAGUGGAUGUGAAUACUGUAAAUAGCUUGUGCUCAGACUCCUCUGCGUGGAGGGGAUGGGUGCAGGAGGCAGACCCUCCCAAGACUCCCUGGGGAGAUCUUCCUCUCUCUAUUUAACUGUAACUGAGGGGGAACCCAGGUCUAGGGAUUGGGGGCACCUUGGGUCACAGGAUACUGGUUGCUUUAGGGGUACCCGUGCCCCCUGCCCUCGCCUGGAAUCAGUGUUAUUGCAUCUGAUCAAACUUCUCCAGAAAUAAAGUGAGAAUAAUUCUGCCA